AUGUAUAAAUUAAUUUUUAACCACAUCCCAGGAUGCAGGAUACCUAAAUUUUCACGUUUAAAUCAUUUUAGCAGGUUUGCUUCUUAUCGACAAUUCUGUACAACCCAAGCAGCUGAAGAAGAAGUGAUGAAUCUGAAUAAAAUGGAUUAUUAUGAGCUAUUACAAGUAUCUCCAAGUGCGAAUGAGAAAGAGCUCAAACGAGCAUAUCUCAAAAUAGCCAAAAAGUAUCACCCUGAUAUUUAUGAAGGUGUGAAUCCUGAUUAUUUCAAAUAAAGCAAAUGAGGCUUUCACUACUCUCAAAAAUCCCUUGAAAAGGAAGGAUUAUGACAAGAAAAUUAAAGUAAUUAGGAUGAAGAACAACAAAGAUUUUAAAAAUUUCGAUAGAAAAUCAGCUAGCAAAGGUUUUGACAGAAAUAUGUACCAAAGAAUGAAGAAAAACUCCUCAAAAGCUAGGGAGGAAAUAGAUCCAGAGUUUGAAGAAGAACUCAAGAAGUACAACUUUGAUAGGAUGUUCAUGGAGUUCAACCAAAGACCAAUGAGGUCCCAUCCAGAAGAACUUAAGGUUAUGGAGCCAGAGAUCUUCAAGAAAAUGUCUCGAAGAGAUAUUGCCAGGCUUAAGUAUGUCACUAAGAGGAGACAGAUGGAUAAAAUCAAUAGUAAUCUUAAACUCAGACUUCAACACGAAAGACUCAAGAUCCUUGAUGUGACUCAGGAUGGAGGAAUGGACCAAAAGAGCUAUGACCAAAUUGUUGAAGACAUCAAUCGGAAUUACAAGCAGCUCGAAAAUGUUGAAAAGCCUCUCCAGGUAUACAAAACCGAGAAAGAGAUGAUCAUUGAGAAAAAGAAGCAACAAGAUGUACAAAUUAGCAAGGCUAAGAGAUAUGUCUAUCCUUUCUUCGGAAUUGCCUUUGUUAUCAACUCUAUCUUACUCAUCGGAUACUACUACCAAGAUAAGGAAGCAAAGAAGUUUGAUAAAUUUGAUAAAUACAGGGAUCUCCAAAUCGACUCCAGGGAGGAGAGUGCGCAUGUCCCAAUCGAAGUGUUUCAGAGAAGGCAGGGAUAA